GCCAUGGGAAAAUCUAAGAAGAAAGAAGAGGCUGUCUUUCUGAGGAAGAAGAUCACACUUCUCAGGGCCUUUUCGCUUCUCAUCGGGAGCAUGGUGGGCAGUGGCAUAUUCAUUUCUCCCAAGGGGGUCCUGAAAAACUCCGGCAAUGUGGGCCUCUCCUUGAUUGUUUGGUUUGCCUGCGGAAUUCUCUCUAUGUUUGGUGCUUUGAGUUACGCAGAACUGGGCACGCGAAUUACCAAGUCCGGAGGCCAUUACAUUUAUAUCUUGGAAACUCUAGGUCCUCUGCCUGGAUUCCUGUUUCUAUGGGCGGAAUACUUUGCUAUAAGACCAGCCAACAGCGCCGUUGUCGCCUUAGCAUUUGGACGUUACAUAUUGGAACCAUUUUUUGCACCUUGUUCGGCUCCACUGCUGGCUGUGAAGCUUGUUGCUCUCCUGGGUUACUACGUUGUUCUCAUCUUAAAUUCUUGGAGUGUCAGCUGGAGUGCCCGGCUUCAGACCGUCUUAUCUAUCAUCAAGUUGGCAGCACUCGCUCUCAUUAUUGUCCCAGGCAUGAUGCUUUUAGCUCAAGGCUGUACAGGAAAUUUCCAGGAUGCCUUCAAUACCCAAGCGCUCGUUUUGGACAAACUACCUUUAGCCUUUUAUGCAGGGAUGUUCGCCUACUCUGGAUGGUUUCAAACUAGUUUUGUACGAGAAGAACUGGUGAAGCCAGAACGAAAUAUCCCUCUGGCAGUGAUUGUGUCUGUGAUCACAGUGAUCGUGGGGUAUAUGCUCACCAAUGUUUCCUAUUACACAGUACUGACAGCAACAGAUGUACUUGUCUCCCAGGCAGUGGCUGUGAGUUUUGCACGGAAAGCUUUCCAGAGCCUUAUCUCUGUAAUUCCAAUCUUGGUUUCCCUGUCUUGUUUUGGAACCAUGAAUGGGGGAAUUUUUACAUUUUCAAGGACAUUGUUUGUGGCUUCCAGGGAGGGGCAAUGGCCUACCCUCUUCUCUAUGAUCCACAUCCAACGCCAUACCCCACUGCCAGCUGUCUUGCUAAUGUUCCCUUUGGUCACAGCCAUGAUCUGUGUAGGAGAUCUUUACCACUUGUUGAACUUCUUCAGCUUUUCUCGGUGGCUCUUCAUAGGAUUAGCCACCCUUGGGCUUAUAGUUCAUCGCUGUCGCCAUCCUGAUAUAUUAAGCCCAUUCAAGGUUCCUCUUUUCAUUCCCAUUUCCUUUACUGUCAUCUGCCUUUUCACAGUGGGAAUGUCUUUCUACUCAGACCCGGUUAAUAUUAGCAUCGGAUGUGCCAUCGUUUUAAGUGGUCUUCCAGUUUAUUAUUUGCUCAUCAAACAAUCAAUGCCAAAUUGUUGCCGUAAAACUUUCUGUUUUCUUACACUGAAGCUCCAGAUCCUGUUGAAGGUAGUACAGCAGGAGAUCAGGACAUACUGACCAGUCCUUACUUUGAACUGUUGACUUUGGAGAGCCUUC